CGGAAGGGACCCCCGCGACCGGAAGUCCUGUUCCGAGAGGAGGCCGAGGACACCGGGGAGGCUGAGGUGGGCGCUGGGUGGCGGUAGACAUUUCCCAUGGAUGAGCUGGUGCAUGACUUGGCCUCGGCCUUGGAGCAGACCUCAGAACAAAACAAGCUGGAUGAGCUGUGGGAAGAGAUGGCGCUGAGCCCACGGCAGCAGCGACGGCAGUUUCGCAAGAGAAGGGGUCGUAAGCGGCGCUCAGACUUCACGCACCAGACAGAGCAUGCCUGCUGCUACAGUGAGGCUUCGGAAUCAAGCUUGGAUGAAGCCAUGAAGGACUGUCGUGAGGUGUUGACUGCGAACUUCAGUGACUCAGAUGACAUGGCUGUGGCCAAACGCCACCCAGCUCUGAGUGCCACCCUAAAGAGCAAGCAGCAUUCUUGGCAUGAGUCAGACUCCUUCACAGAAAAUGGACCCUGCCGACCCCUCAGGCGCCGCCGGAAGGUGAAACGUGUGACCUCAGAGGUAGCUGCUAGCCUCCAGCAGAAACUCAAGGUAUCAGAGUGGAACUAUGAGAGGGGCUAUAGGUUCAAGUCAGCCAAGAAGCAGCGUCUGUCACGUUGGAAGGAGAAUGCCCCCUGGACUUCAUCCAGCCAUGGCCUGUGUGAGACAGCAGAGAACAGGCCCUUCCUCAGUAAAGGUGGGAGGAAGGAGAGGAUGGAGUGUGAAGCGGAUGAACAAAAACAGGGUUCUGAUGAAAACAUGUCUGAAUGUGAAACCAGCAGUGUAUGCAGCAGCAGUGACACUGGCCUCUUCACCAAUGACGAAGGCCGUCAAGGGGAUGAUGAGCAGAGUGAUUGGUUCUAUGAGGGAGAAUGUGUCCCAGGAUUCACCGUCCCCAACCUACUACCCAAGUGGGGAGCUGAUCACCGGUCUGAGGUGGAGCGAAUGGACUCUGGCCUGGAAAAAAUCUCUGACUCUACGUUCCUAUUGCCUUCCCGGCCUGCUCAGAGGGGGUUUCAUGCUCGUCUGAACCGCCUUCCAGGAGCUGCUGCCCGCUGUCUCAGAAAAGGACGUAGGAGACUCAUUGGCAAGGAAACCAGCUUGAGCACUCUGGGCAGUGAGAGGAUGGGUCACAUCGUUAGUGACCCACGUCAAAAAGAAAAGAACAAAGUGCUGACUUCUGAUUUCCACCAUAUUGUGGCCUGUGCACAUGAGUUCAAUCCGUUAUCUCCUUUGUACUCUCUGGAUGUUCUUGCUGAUGCCUCCCACAGAAGAUGCUCACCAGCACACUGCACUGCCAGACAGACAAAUAUACACCUGGGACCGCCCUGCUCAAGGGAUAUCAAGAGGAAACGAAAGCCAGCAGCAGCUGCAGCCUCUCUUUCCAGCCCUACUUCAGGAGAUCUCUGGACCCUUUGCCGUAAGAGCCUAAUUCUUGCUAAGCAGCUUUACCUGUCCACAUGGAUGCAGCAGACUCAUCCCUGCCAGCGACACAGUCCCAGAGGUCCCAGAGCUCUGACUGGACGGGCAGAACCCGGGCAGCAGAGAAAUCCACUGCUGCUUCGUCAGCUAACUUCUUUAAAACACCACAAGAGAAGGGCUCUGGAUACAGCUAGAUGGAGGUGUCUCUACUCGGAGCUGUUUGCAUUUAUGAAAUGUUGGACUUGGAAGUAUAUCAGCACUGAACGUCUCAUUUGGCAAUAACCAUCUCAUCAGUGUUGGUGCGUGAUGUUCACCAUCCUCCAGACUGAGGUGUUCUCUUUCCUCCCCUUCCCCUCAGUCAUGUAGUUUAUUGUAUGUCCAGAUUCCUUGCCCCUCUCUGAGGAAUGCUACUUGUGGCAGCAAGGUGAGUAAGGGGACAAAGGUUUUUUUAGAAGUAAGUGUCAGUAAAAUAAUAAAACAAGGAAACUUUAUGCAAUGCAAUGAUCCUGCUUCCAGCGCAGCAGGAGCUGACACCCACCUCAGGGAGCUGGUGCUGAGUCCCACCAUGAGGCUAAGGCCUGGUCAACACACACAAUUUAAAUUGCCAUAGCUGUGAUGCUUAAGGAUGUGAAAAAUCCACAUCCCUGAGCGCCAUAGCUCUGCUGACCUAUCCCCUGGUGUGGACACAGCUAGGUCAACAAAACAAUGCUUCCAUCGACCUAGCUACUAUUGUUAUGGGGAGGUGAUGUUCCUACAGCAACAGAAAAACCCCUUCCAUCACUGAAGGUUGAAUCUACAUAUGGGCGUAUGCUGACAGCUAUGGCACUAUAGUGUAGAUGUGGCCUUAGCUACGCCACUUUAACUCUGUUGGGAUUGUUAAAGUGGUACAACUCCCAUUGUGGAUGUAGUUUUACUGGUAUAAAGAUGCUUUUACUGGUAUAGUUACCUCUGUACAGGAAGGGGAAUAACUACUGGUAUAAAUCAUCUUUAUACCAACUGCAGCCACACUGGGGAUUGUACCAGUAUAACUAUUUUAGUAAAAAUCCACACCACUAAUUGAUGUGGUUAUACUGAUAAACCUUUCAUUUGUAAACCAGGCCUUAGUGAAGCAGGAACUUGAAAGAUCAUAGUCUGUAGACUCUGAAGGGAGCAGUCAUGGCUCGGGGGAAUCGAAAGCCCAGAGCCAAGUCCCAGUGUUACACUUAAGUGUUAGUGUAGACAAACCCUUUGUCGGCAAAACUUUUGUGGGUCAGAGAGACACCCCGACCUACACAAAUUGCACCGACAAAAGCACUGGUGUGCACAGUGCUAUGUCAGCGGGAAAUGCUCUCCCGCCAACAUAGUUACCUCCACUCAUUGGAGGUGGUUUAAUCGAGCCAGUGGGAGAGGUCUCUCCCGUCGGCAUAGAGCAGCUACAUUUGAGGCCUUACAGUGGUGCAGCCACAGUGGUACAGCUGUGCCGCUGUAAGGUCCGUAGUUGUAGACACAGCCUUAGAAAGAGUUAGGAGACUGGAGGCAUCUGGAAAGAUGUGGGAGUCCAAAAGCUCAGUCUGGGCACACGUGUUCAGAAGGCUGAAAGAGCAAUUUGAGCUGUAGAAACAGAGUGUUACUGAACUAAGUAGAAUGUGAAGGAGACAAGGCAUUAUAAUGAAAUCUCUGAGGAUUCUCUUGGACCUGUUCCAUGGUAUCACACCAACCUCACUAUGUGGCUUUAAGCUUCAGUCCCCCACUUCAGAUCUCUUUCCUUUCUCUUUGAACACUUUUUUUUUUUUGUACCUUUGGAAAUAAAGCUUCAUUUAAUCAUAAUGACAAUGGUGGAAUGAUGGAUGUGAGGUGGAAGAGAAUUCCACAGCUGGGAGGAACAUAUGGCUAAAACAUCUUCAAAGCUAAAGGUCCUGGAACAGUAGACACUACAAAACCAGCACUGGCUCAUCUCACAGCCUGGUAAUUGUGAGAAAACAAGGAUGCCUUUUAUUUAAAAAGGGGCAAGACCACUUGAAGUCUUCUGUGGAAAAAGUGUCAUCUUGCAACCAGUGUCUUGUUGAUAUAGGUAUUUGAUGCCUCCUAUCACCAUCGUAUCUGAGCAGCUCAACUACUGUGCCAUUUAUCACUGUGAAAACCUUUUUGGAGGAGAGAGAUGUUCUGAAUGUUUAGUAACUGUGAGGAGGACAGAAUUUUGGUUGCUUCCUGGAGAAUCUAUGGACCACAAGCCCAGCUCUGCAGUGGUCCUGUCCUGCCAGUUGUAAUGCAGUGUACUGUCAGCUGUGAUGCACAGAGCAGAAUUACAGAUGUUUUUCAGGAAGAUGGAACAGAAACUUAAAAAGGGAGAGUGAAAUACAGGAAAAGGGAAUCAGAUAUUGCAUGGAAACCAAAAGCUAAGUUAAGGACGGCCAGAAGAAUGUGAAAAAGCUAAAGUAACCAUAGUUAGUACAGGUCAAAGGGGAAUGUAGGUGAUACUUUCUGUAGGACAGAACUGAAAGCAUUGUAGUGUCAUAUAGACAGAAAAGAUAAUAAAGAGGCUAAUUUGGAACCCUUGCAGGACCUAUGUAGUUACAUUUCCUGCCUUUAACCUUAGUCCAACAUGCUAACAGUACCGAGAUGGCUAGUGAAAGGUCUGCAAGUGCAACACAUUGACCUUCCUAGACAGCUGUAUCUUCAUGACAACUUUACGAAAGAUGCUCAGAAAAGUUUUAGUUCAGGUACUUAUUGAUAAAUAUACCACCUAGCUCAAAGGCUUAGCAGUGGAGCAUAUGAAACCUUUAUCUCUUUUAAGUCACUGAUUUUGAAUUCAUCCAGUAGUGACUAAAAAAGAUUGACAGCUUGCAGAUCUCCAGUAGAUUUUAAGACGAUUGCUCACAGUGUUAUGUUCUUAGUGGACAAAUGUAUACCACACAAUUAUUAAUCGCCAACAAUGUGCUUGGUUCUGUCUAAGACAGGAAAUACAGACAGCCACUGCCUAGGCUAGCUUACCAUUUAAAGAGUAAUAUUGAAUAUGAAAACAAAAAAUACUGUUGCUAUUGGAACUGAUUAAUACUUGUGUUGGUAGCAUCGGGAGACAAAAGGACUGAAUGAGCUGUGGAAGUAGUUGUGUGGUGAACUGGAAAUAGCAAUGCUGACUCACCUUUGCCCGGUACUUUGAGAUCUAUGUAUGAAAAGUGCUAUAGAUAAGUUGUGUCUUUAGAUUUUCCCUAGAUGUAACUGUAUUUUUCAGGUUGAAUUUACUUUUAGCCCUGUAUUUUCAACCUCUUCUUGUUUAUAAUUCUUUGCCUUGCUGCUAUUCACAAUUUCCCAGUUAGAUUUAAUGUAAUGUGCUGUCUCCUCUUUCUAGAGCAUUAAUGAAGAAGUUAAAUAAGACUGGACCUUGCACUCAAGCCAUGUGCUCUCUCUACUGAACUUCUUGCCCUAUCCCACCAUGUUGUAAUUUAUUAAUUAUUUUUAUUAUAGUAGCCCUUAAGUGCCCUAGUCAUAGAUUAAGACCUCAUUGUGCUGGGCCCUAUUCAAACACAGAACAAAGACUGUUCCUGCCCCAAAUGGCUUAGUCAUUGCUCUCUUGGCCUUUCAUCUAAUUUGAGCACAUCUAAUGGUGUGCUCAGAAUUAUUGUCAGUUCCGUGAGAACAGGUAAGAUUUUUUUGUGACGCUAUAUAAAGUGAAGUCCGGCUCUGUCGCACUGUGUUCCCUUGUGAAGGUGAUCACUCACUUCAUGAGCCUCCUAGGGGGCUGGUUAGAACAAAGCAGGCUGUCUUCUUUCCUAGUGCCCCCUGUUAAGUUGUUCCUGUACAGCAGUAGUCUGCCCUUUCAAUGACAGCCCUCUGGCCAAGUCAUGAAUUGUGUCCAUCCCUUUCAGGAUACACAGAGUCCAACAAAGGAUACCUUUAGUGUCAGGCAAAGAGGUUCCAGGCCACACUGGGCCAAGGUCCCAGAGUCAUGACCGUCUGGGUUAUAGAGUCUUGCUAGUCCAUAUUUCUUUGUACCCAGUGUAGACUUUUUGCCUUCAGCCCUAUCUGGGGAUUGGUAGGGGAACCCAGGCCUUCCCUCUCCACCAGGUCCUAAUCCAGGGCCAUGUGGUAGGCAGUAAGGUCCUGCACCCUAAUGGGCUGUGCCACUGCUCCCCUACAUUGCUUCCCACCAGUCUCCUCUCACAUAAGGGCAAGGCAAAGACAUGUAAGCAAAAUAAAUCAAAAGAUAAAUCCCAGAUCUUGCAGCUAUCCAAAGUCUCUUUUCCCUCAGCAAAUCAGGUAGGUUCUUAAUAGUCAGGAGCCCCAGGCAGCUGGCCCUUCCAUAGUACUCCCUCAGAGGAGCUAAGAGUGUUGGCCUGCUUGCCUCCACUGACUGACUACGAUUGAGUUGCUCUGCUCCCCCUUUAAACUCCUCCUCCAGUGCCUGCAUGCAUUGCAAGUGCGGCUGCCAACGCCCAAAGUAGCUCUUUAAGCCAUUUUUUUCCAGUGCAGGAUUUGUACACCCCAUCACAUCCCUUCAUAUGCUAGUUCAGUAAUUCUGUUUUAUUAUAUGUAUUUUACUGUAGUUCCUGGAGGCCUCAGGAAGGAUCAAGGCUCAGUUUUGCUAGGUGCUAUACCAAAUGCAGACUAAAAGAACAGCUUCGGCCUUGGAGUGUCUACAAUUUAAUAAAGGGUGAAGAAGGUAUGAAGACAGACAUGAGGAAAAGAAAUGAAAGAGGCAUUGUGGUUGGUGUCACUGAAUGAUUGACUAUUACAAUUCAAUGAUUGUAGUUUGUGCAGAGAUGCAUAUUACCAGCGCCUUGAACAAAGAUGACACUGAGGCAGUUGUCUGCUGUGCUCCCAGUCACAGGGGAUCAUGCCAUCAUGGACAUUACUGACCCAUGUACACAGUGGAUAUGAGAUGAAAAAGGAAAUUGCCAUAGGGGCAGCUAGGAUUUGGUUGGUUGCCACUAGUUUCAUCCUUUGUCCCUUGGUGUCGUUCCCUCUGCACUCCACCCCACCCUCCCAAAAGAAGUAGGUACGGUAUAACCUGAGAGUUACAAACACCAGAGUUAUGACUGACUGGUCAACCACACACCUCAUUUGGAACCAAAAGUAUACAAUCAGG